CCUCAAGCAUAAGAAUUUGAGCACUUUCUUCUUAUUCUCAUAAGCAAAAAUAUGGGUUUUCGUUUACCUGGAAUCAGAAGGUCUUCUUCAAAAUCAAGUGAAGUACCAAAGGGAUACCUUGCGGUCUAUGUGGGAGAGGAAAUGAAGAGGUUUUUGAUCCCGAUAUCUUACUUGAAUCAACCUUCAUUUCAAGAAUUGUUAAGCCAAGUUGAGGAAGAGUUUGGAUAUGAUCAUCCAAUGGGCGCCCUCACUAUUCCUUGCACAGAAGACAUCUUCCUCAAUGUCACUUCUUCAUUCCGCAGGUGCUAGGUGGCAAAGAUAAGACUUACAUAGAUUAGUCAGCACAAUUUUGUAAUGGAUCCUUUUGUUUUGUAAAGAUUUUGUUCUUCUCUUCGUUCCCCUACUUGGGAAGUGAAAAAUUGUUUACCUCAAUAGAAGUUUCCACUUAGUCAAUUAUCAAUAUCAAAAGCGUUGAACUUUCACUUUAGAUGACAA